AUGACAAGGAAGAAGAUCAAGCUUGCUUAUAUUGCUGAUGCUAAUAUAAGGAGAGCAACAUUCAGAAAGCGAAGAAAUGGCUUGUUGAAGAAAGUAAGCCAACUCAGUACCCUAUGCGAUGUCAGUGCUUGUGCAGUCGUGUACGGACCAUAUGAGCCACAACCAGAAAUAUGGCCAGCGAAACCGGAAGCACAUCGUGUACUCACGAGGUUCAAGAACUUGCCAAAGAUGCUCGGGAAUACCGAGAAACAAUUGAAUCGAGAAAGUUACGCACGAAACCGGAUAGACAAGAUUAACGAACAGUGGAAGAAUUAUCAACGAGAAAAUCGUUAUAUUGAAAUCAACUGGAUUUACAAUCAUGCUCUGGCCGGUGAGUGUUCUAUUCCUGAUGCUUAUCCUGAUUCAGUUGAUUUCUCUUGGUUUCUCGGAGAGAAACAGAAAGAAAUUCAACGUAAAUUGGCAAAUCUCGAUAAUGCUCCAGCACCAGUAGUACGAACUAUACCUGCAGCUAAUGCUACUGCUAUAUUUGCGACAUCUAAUGGUAGAUAUGCUAAUACUAUUGCUAUACCCAGUAACCCUAACAAUAAUUUUAUUAAUACUGAUGUUGAUGUACUCGAGAUUAAUGGAUCUGGUAUCAACGAUGGUGCUGUUACUGGAGGGGAUAUGUAG